AUGCAAUUCCGUUGGCCAUACCCAUUAGCGCCUGGAACAGGCGUCUGGGGCGCGCCGAACUCGAACCACAACUUUUGUGAGGAGGACUACAACAUCACACCGUACAUUGGCGAAUUUGUUAACACAAUCACCAAUUCAAUCUAUGUCAUUUACGGUAUCUAUGGUCUCCGCAGAGUACAGCCGCGCAAAGAUGGAGGAAUGUGGUCCACGUUGGCCUUCCCGUACUGGGGCCUCAUAGGCGUUGGACUGCUUUCGAUGUGGUUCCAUGCUACGCUAAAGUAUCACAGCCAGAUGGGUGAUGAUCUCUCCAUGUUCCUCGCUGUCGGUGCAUUGCUUCACCAGUUGCUCUGCUUUGAGGCAACCCCUGCCCAACGGAGGAACUACACGCUCGCCAUUCUCGGCGUGCUGAUUCCCGUAUCUACUUACCAUGUUGUGGCCGACGAGAUCUACGUGCACGAGAUCGUGUUCGCGAUCAUGGUCAUCAUGGUAGUCAGAAAGACUCGGAAGCUGAUCAGGGAGAGAGUCAAAAACGAAGAGCACAAGAAGCGCAUGGGUCAGCUAGCUACAUUUGGCAUUGCAAACUUCCUAUUCGGUUACUUCCUCUGGAGCAUCGACUUCCAUCUGUGCAGCCAUGUCACCAAGGUCAAGCACUACGUGGGACUUCCUUGGGGCUUCCUUUUCGAGCUGCAUGGCUGGUGGCAUAUCUUCACGGGCAUUGGCGCUUACAUUGGCAUGGCUUUGACCGAAUUCCUUGUGACGAUUGUCGAGGGCCAAACGGGCCGUAUCGAAGAAGGGUUUGUGUGGCCUGUGAAGGCUGUGUUGAGGGACCUUGAUGCCGGACGCGUCAAGAAAGAUCGAUAA